UUGUAACGGCUAAUCACACCACACCUGGUAGCAUGUCAUGGCACCUUUUACUAACUCUUACUUCUGUCAACAGGCAGGGGUGUGUUUGCUCUGUCCCCUUUUGAAAAGGGGGAUUUUGUAGUUGAAUACAGAGGAGAAAUUAUUGACUUUAAGGAAUCAGAGAGAAGGAGGAGGAUUUAUCAUUCCAAAUGCUUGGUGUUCGUGUUUGACUUCAUGUGGCAUGGCAAAAAAUGGUGCGUUGAUGCUGCGUUGGAAGAUGACUCAUUUGGAAGACUGGUCAAUGAUGAUCAUGUCCAUCCUACCAGCAGGAUGAAAAGAAUUUUAGUUGGUGGAAAACCACACCUCUGUCUGUUUGCUGCGAGAGACAUAAACAGAGGAGAGGAAAUAACAUAUGACUAUGGAGAUAGCAGUUGGCCAUGGAGAGAAAAGGGUGGUGGUGGCGAUUCUCGUGACAUAUCCGUGGACAAUGGUAUCUUGCCAUGCAGCUCCAACCCAGUGAUGCAAGAAGAAGAGGUUUCACCCUCCAGCUUGCAGGUUUGCAGUGGAGACACAUAUUUAAAGAACAGCUCCUCUGUAUGCAGCUCCACCAUGGUGUCACAAGACACAAAGUUUGCCAAAGAAGCCAAGUUAAGCUUGGUAAACUACACAGACUCGGAUGAAUCAGCCGUCAGUUCCAACGCUAAUGAAGAUGUUCCCUCAUCCACCAUACAGAGCAAAGAGAAGAUUCCUGUUGGAUUUGAUCUUUCUGACUCCAGUAUGACACAUGGAGAUGAUGUCCGACAAUUGAUUGUGCCAAGGCUUAGGAGGACCAAAAGCGUCUUUAUGAAAGACAGGAUUCCUGAUGGAUCUGAUGAGCUUUAUUGCACCAGUACUGAUAGUGGGGAAGAAUACGUUCCAGCUUCAAUUGCAGAAAGUACAGAUGAUACAGAUGGAAGCAUGAUCUGUGAAAUGUCACCAUCUAUAUCACCAUCAUCCUUGUCAGACAGGACUCUGAGUAGCAGAAGCAGUGCAACAAAUGUCUGUAUUCCUGACACCACAUGCUCUCCUAGCAGGGAACAUGGUGAAAGUGCCUCAGUAUCCAUUCCUGCUGUCAGAAAGAAAGAAGAUGGAUCUCGGAUGUACAACAAGAGACAGUUCUGUCUGUAUUGCGGGUCUUCUUUCCUAAAAAUCGUGAAGCAUUUGGAGCGUAAACACAAAAAGGAGCUGGAGGUAGCAAAAGCACUUAGUUUCCCAAAGGGCUCAAAACAAAGACGCGUGCACUUAGAAUGUCUCCGAAACAAAGGUAAUUUUGCACAUAAUGCUGAAGUUUUGAAAACGGGCACAGGAAAACUGGUUGCACGCAAGCAGCCAAGAGAAGAAUCCCAAGCACAAGACUACAUGCACUGUCUCUACUGUCAAGGGUUAUUUAUGAAACGUACAAUGUGGAGACAUUUUCAGAUUUGCAAAUUCAAACCUGUCGAUCCCAAACCGGGAAAAACUAGAGUCCAAGCCCUCUGUGCCUUUGCAGAACCCACACCUGCUGGAGUUUCGGAAGAGCUAUGGAAACUGGUGAACAACAUGAACCAGGAUGCUGUUGCACAUGCAGUCAGAAAUGACUGGUGCAUCAUGGAGAUGGGGAAGCACCUCUACAACAAGCAUGGAUUUGAAGUUGAUAAGCACGAAUAUAUCCGGCAAAAGUUAAGGGAGCUUGGCAGACUUUGCUUACAUGGUGGAGAGGUCACAAACAUGAAGACGAUCAAAGAAUAUGUCAUACCAGCGAACUUCAUGCAGACAGUCGAUGCAGUGAAACACACAGCACAAGGCAAUAAAGGUAAUUCCAAAUCGCUUCCUCUGAAACUUGGACACAGCCUCAAGAGGAUGUCUAUGCUCCUGGAGAGUGAUGCAAUCAUUAAAGGAGACAAGGAUGGCGCAGAAGAAGCUCGAGCCUUUCGAAGUCUGUAUGAUGCAAAAUGGCACGAGCUUGUGUCAGUCACAUCUUUGAGGAGCCUCAAUGAGUCCAAGUGGAACGCCCCCCAGCUGCUGCCUUUCACAGCAGAUGUGCAGAAGUUGCACAAUUACCUGGAUGAGAAGCAACAGCAGUACCAACAUGAUUUAGAAUCUGAGGCGUCAUCGCACAACUGGGCCAACCUGGCAAAGGUGACUCUCGCACAGGUUAUCUUAUUCAACCGGCGUAGAGAAGGUGAGGUGUCCAAAAUGUCCCUCUCUGCAUUCACAUCAAGAGACACAUCAGCACCUCACGAAGACGUCAACCUCGCUCUCUCUGAGCUCGAGAAAAAACUCUGCCAUCAUUUUACCAGAAUAGAAAUGAGAGGAAAGCGAGGUAGGAAAGUUGCUAUCCUCCUAAGCCCAGUGAUGUAUGAAGCACUCAACAUGCUACAUCAAAAGAGAAAGGAGUGUGGCGUCCUCAAAGAAAACGCAUAUGUGUUUGCCAGACCAGGAGUGAUGUCGCACUACAGAGGGUCAGAUUGCAUCCGCCAGUUUGUCCAACUCUGUGAUGUCAAGAAUCCUCUCUCACUCACCUCAACAAGACUGAGGAAGCACAUGGCUACCUUAUCUAAAGUACUAAACCUUCAGGAGACAGAGCUUGACCAGCUGGCGGAUUUCAUGGGCCACGAUAUUAGAGUGCAUCGGCAGUUCUAUCGGUUACCGGAGGGCACCCUUCAACUGGUCAAGAUCAGUAAAAUUCUGAUGGCCAUGGAGCAGGGCCGCCUUUCAGACUUUCAAGGCAAGAGCCUUGAGGAGAUCAACAUUGAUCCGACUGAAACAAUCCAGUUGGACAAGCAUACGGAGUCUGAAGAUGACCUUACAGAGGAGGUGUAUGAACAAGACAUGGAAGUUUCUGAUGUCAGUCUGGCACGAAGCAUGGAGCAGAAACGAAGUGGGUCUCCACAAGAAAAUGAAGGGGAGAGUAAUUCCGAUGGAGACGACAUCCCUGUCCAAAAGAAAAAGUCCAAGACCAUUCGCAAGCCACAGAAGAAGAGGCCCUGGGAAACUGAGGAGACAAAUGCCGUUGAAAAGCACAUGAGGAACUUCAUUUUGACCUGCAAUGUUCCAAGAAAGGAAGACUGUGAUAAGUGCCUUAAAUCAGAGCCAGAAGCACUAAAAAAUAGAGACUGGAAGGCACUCAAAUUCUACAUCAAAAAUAGAAUUACUGCACUAAAAAGGAAAAUGUAAAACAUUUCAGUUUUCAUCAGGUACAAUAGAGAGAAAUGGGGGAG